GUUCAAUACAAAACGCCACCGAGCGCUGUUUGAAAUGGGGGCCACAAUGGCUUUUUUACCGCACAAGUUUUUUCCUGAUUAAAUGAUACAUGUUACAGCUUUUAGGGGGCAGACACAAAUAAACGCGGCCAAUCAGAUUGGCUUAGACCGCAAGUAAUUCAUUAACUCUGUUGAUUUUUUGACGUUCCCGUUGUUGUGGCCUUCGUAGUUUCGUGCCUUAGGACUGAAGCCGACUCAUGUGAGCAAAAUGAGGCCAUCAAGGAAAAUUAUUAUUUACAUAUAAGAAUGGGGAAUCUAACGACGGUUGCAUUUGAAAACCGAUUUACACGAUAGGAGUUUUGCCUACGACUAUCGCACAGAGUUACAAGACUUGGUUACACAAGAAGAGUAUCAGACAUCACGUGUCAACAAGACACUUGCCGCGACGAAAUACCGUGAUGUCCUUUAAGGGAGAUCGAAACCGGACAAUAUCUUCACUUAUGACGUGAUUGAUUAGGCCAAUUCACGACACGAAUAGUGUAGGGUAUAAAAUCAAACCCAUCACCAACUUGUGCGCGGAAUAGCUUUGAUUUACACACUACUAAUCGGGCUCGACGAAGGCUUAAGGCUGUUUUUCACUAGCGACGGAAGAAUAGAGCAAUUUGAAAAAACCGCGCUCUAAUUCUGCUUAUAACUCCGUGGCUUACAAUCUAGUGAAAACUGGAUUGUCCGAGUAGGAAGCAAAAGAGGAACAAUUAAACCAAUCACAAAACGUGGGAACGAGCAUUGUGAUUGGUUUAUUCUUCCGCGUCUGCUUCCGACUCCGACAAUGCGGUUUUCACUGGAUCUUAAGUGGCGGAGUCAUACUGAGCGGAGUCGGAAGAAAAAGAAAGCUUUCAUAUUCUCCUGACUCUGAUUUCGUUGCGCUUUUGACUGCACUAACGAUUCGGACUUUUGAUUUUCACUAGGACAUUAGCGCACUUAAAAAUCAGACCGUCCGUCGCUAGAAGAAAAAAGGCUUUAGGGUAAGCUGUUUAAACCCAUUUAAUGCAAGCGAAAAAAGCUAUACCGCUGGAAUAUGCCUUUUAACAUGUUUACUUGAAUUGCAGCUGCUACUGAAGUGCAACCAAGUGACUUGCGAGACACAGGCUUUAAACCAUGUUCUUCAUGACGAUAAAACUGAGUCCAGUUUGUUUCCUGUUGGUUUUUGCUUCUGUAGUUUGGAGUAGAAAUAGAGGUAGGUCUAGUAGGUCUAAGCGUAAACUAAGGCCCGGUUCAGAAGCCGAUCUUUUCAUCAGCCGAACCUAAUUCGAAUUAAGGCCGACCCAAAUUAUUUAGAUCGGCUGAAUUGAUUCAUACGCCGAUCUUAAUUGCAGCUGAACUAAGUUCCAAAGGCGAAAAAUGCUCAUUUCGGUCAAACUGCUUACAAAAUACGUUAUAAUAAUUUAUGCAUUAGGUUCGGUACAUGAAAAGUUCGGCGUCUGAAUCAAAGGCGUUCCAAAGUCGCUCCAAAGGCGAAAUUAACGGCUGGGCCGUUCCAAAUUGAAACAGGCGGUUCCUAAUCAUUGAUUCAGACGCCGAACUUUUCAUGUACUUAAUUCAAUGUAUUAGGUUCGGGUCAUGAAAAGUUCGGCGUCUCAACCGGGCCUAAUUUGAAAGAUAUAAUUUUUUGCAAAGGAGGAAGCAAGUUUGACACUUUUGUCGGCAUAAAAGCAAAACGACGUGAAUAUCACAUCAACAGCAGCUGCAACCUCUUCCACAGAGUAUUCUUGUUUUUCCAAAGGAAAGGAGGUUGACGAGUAACUGUAUCUUCUGUAUACCAACUAGGCACUGAAUUUAUAAACUUGCCAACUGCAAAACUGAAUUAGCUCCCGCAAAAUAUACACACAAAAAAUGGUCAAUCCGCUAUGAGCGGCUCGCCAAACAUGUUCCAAAACAGCUAGAUGGCAGGAUGGUUAUCAAAGUAGGUGGCUUAAGAAACCACGACGGCAACGACAGCGACAAAGAGAAAAGUAAAUUGUUGUCUUGUGUUCACGUCUUCUAUAAAACCUGAAAAUAGGACUGAAGCUCGGCACGUCGUAGUCGUGCAGCAGCGGCAGAGAAAAUAUAUACAAUAAAGCGUUAUGCAAGAGCAAAGUUGUAGAAGUCACCUUUACUGACCCACUGAUUUACGAGGAUCACUUCAAUCUUCUUUCGCUUUCUAGAGAUCAUAAACUAGAACCCAACGGGACAGUAAUCAAAAGGCUAGAGAUUGUAAAAGAAGCAAAAAUAUCAUUUUUUCAUGCGCCUCAUGAAAUACGGAUCUAGACACUUGAAAUUUUUGAGACCUUUGACCAAAUCAGAUACCCCCACCUGCAAUGUCAUGAUGUGCGACUAUACUGAUAUUAUUUAUAUGCAGAAGGGUCCCUAGGGCUCCGUUUUUAUGUGCUUUUUAACUAAUCAUCAUACAUAUCUAUUGUAGAAAAAUGUCGCUUCAUUGGUUUGGCAACUGUGUUAUUCCAUUUUUUUUACCAGCUCUUGAUAAAAAGAUAGUUGGCUAAUCAAAGUAUUGCUUAUUAUAAGUUUCGUAGGCGUUUCUAGAAUAACUCUAUAAAUAUUAUGUGAUUGUGUUCCGCCGUUGAUCUGUACCCCCUGCUCUUCACAAGAAAACUAUCAGCUAGGAGUCCCAAUUCCGGCUUACCAAGGCCUAGUUUCAAUCCUACUUUAGAGCAACUUCUUACGACCUCAGGUCACUUUCCUUGUUAAUAAUACCCUACUUUACCAUAUUCCUAAAGGAACUACUGUACCUUAAAGCAAUACUUUUCACAGCAGGUUAUACCUCACCCCCUUCCCCCCUUGGUACAGUCAUACUAUCCUAAUAACGUUUAUGAGGUUGUGUUCCACCCCACCCCACACCACACCACACCACUGCGUACGUAUAGAAAGGACUCGCUUUUUGCCAGUGCAAACAACCUGGACAACCCACAAUGACCACAACUGUGAUUCCUGAUUAAACUCACAACUGCAUAAAUCUUCUCGAUCAGGGGAAAUGGGAAGCUUAUUGUCUGAUUUUCUAGGGAGGAAACGUCUGUAUUCAGGCUUAUUGUCAGUGGUCUUGUGGCGGGCGAAUGACUGCGCUGGGGCUUGUGGCCCCUUUUUAUCAACCACUUAAUUAUCUUUUUUAGUGCUUUUCAUUAAUCAAGUUUCUUUACUUUAAAACCAAACUCAGUAACCAUUUUCAAACCAGAAAAGGCAACACUGUCUUCUACCAGAGCAGGUCAAACGCCUGAUGGACCACACGUACCAACUGUUAUUGUUAACAUCACAGAAGGCCUCUUAACGCUACGAAAAAUUUUUCCGUGGGGCGUUCUUUCCGGACCUCCUUCAGAAAGGGAUAUGUGUACUAAACAUCAGUCAAACUGUAGAACAAACAAUGGAAUAUGCAUGAAUAGUUUUACGGAAAUCAAGUAGGACAUGUUUCUUUAAUGCCCAACAUGCAACAUUUCCACCAAGCAAGUCGUAUAGAGUUUAUCUUCUAUGAAUAAGAGAAUUCUCGAAGCUCAUGAGAACUUAGCAUAGUAUUGGCUAAGUUCCAACGCGCCAUCUCUCAACAAUACACGUGGCUGUCUGUCGCGCCUCCACUGUGUAUGUGGAGACGGAAUGCUCAUCUACUUAAAGUCUACAAAUCAUAUAUGGUUGAAAUGAAAGAAUAAAAGGUUUUGACUAUCGGUUUGUCCUUACACGCACAUCUGCGGCUUACUCAGUGAUUGAUGGAUGGAGUGCGGGAUUCUUCGUGUGCCUGCAGCUUGUAUAUUUUUGGGGGGCUUAAAAUGGAUUGAUUGCAUCCGCUUGUUGUGGUUUGUUGCUGAACGUGAUAUCAAAGGGUACUCAGGGAGUAAUUCGAAGUAAACAGAAACCCUGAUUACGUGUAUUGGGUAUCAUAUGUUACCGCCUUCAAAGAAUCUUAAUUAAGUAACAGAACUCCUGGCAGCAGCUCAAACCGUAAACACUAUAUCACAACCAAGCGAAAUCGAUCAGUUUUCGAGUGAUGUCCCUCUUUAAAUGAAUAUUUAGGUAAAUCAAACAUAACUUUGCCCGCUGUGAGGAAAUUUAAGCAAGGUAAAAAAACAACUUACAGAAAUUCUAACGAAACCAUAACGGCGUAUUCAAAAUUGCGAUUUUACUUAAAAGAAUCAGUGUCCCUAGAGUGAAUCCGAGAAGUAAUCUCAGGUCAUUUUCUUUGUGUCAAAGACUUAAGACGUGAUGGUACUGGCCAAGGUUUAGUUUAUGCGUUGGUGCGGAAGUUGCGUUUUUUUCAAAAUCACAAUUAUCAUCGGGUAACGGUAGAAGCUAAGUGAGAAGCAACCCACAGCAUAAAUUGGCCCCCUUAAAGAAAGCUAUUCUUGAACUUGUUUUUCUUUAUUUGGUUAACUUACACUUAUUUUUUUUCCAUUCAUUUUUAUCACUGUACUUCCGGUUAAAGACAUCACGUCCUUCUUGAUCGAUGGUCAAAAGACUGACUAAUUCGGGAAAGGAAAAAGAAAAAUUUCCCAAACGCUUUGAAAAAUAUUAGCAAUAAAGACGAAAAAGACAAGAAAAAGGGUAAAAAAAAGUUAGAAGACUAUUUAAUUUUCGCAUGAAAGCCCUGUCAUUAACUUAAAUUUGAUGACUGUAAUCCACUUCAAUCAUUAUCAAUAAUUGCUUUAACUAUUGCUCCAUACGUUAUUUGUGAUCCAGUUUAGUCUUAUGAAUUAAGGUGGUAGCCCGUUACAAUUUGACAAAGAAAACAGACGGCGGCAAAUUGUCCCUAACGAGAAAGUAUUGAAGACGAGUUUGGCUGAGCCGGGGACAGAGCACAGGAUGCAUAGAGGAAAACAAUGAUUUAAAGAUGGCAAUAGUAAGCCAUUUCUCCAUCUGAUAAUACUUCCUUACUUUUAACUAGAAUGAUCUAUUUUAACCCUAUACUAAAGGGUCAUUUCAGCAAAAACGAGUUAUUGCUUUGAGGGAAACGAUGAGCCCCCAGAAUCCGCUUGUUUGGCACCCGCAGAUUUAUUGCCGAUUAAAAUGAGAUUACAAUUCUUCAAAUCAAGCGGGUAAAUUGGCUUCAAGGUGGGUUAAAUUAAGCACAAAUGUUGAAAAUAACCCCAUGAAUGAGCGGUUUGUACACAAGGCUAAUUCAACGCUUUGGGGUGGCGGCUGGGUAGAUUUGCAUCCACCCCUUUAUUACCUUGCGAUUACAUAAGAACUUGUUAUGUUCGUUCCAAAUAUCACCUGUUAGUUAAUAUCAGUAGUAGAUACUACUAACGUUUAGACUAAGCUUGCCUCUUUUAUGGUCUUUUCUUCGCAGGUAAAAUUGUACCUAUGUUUAGCUGAAUAGCCCUAUUUUGACGUGUAUAUACAUAUGAUCACAGCACAAAAUCUAACGCUUUCACUUUACCAGCAAAACAAGUUCGGGAGACUUUUCUCACGCUUUCUUCGCUUUGUAGAUUUUUACUGGUUUGCCCCAGACGAUAUGAAAUAUGUUCCAAUGUUUAUCUCUCCCCUUUGCCCUUUUAUUGGUUUGAAUGCUGUAUUGACUGGCAAUGUAAGAUUUAGUGUCCUAGUUCACAAGCACCCCGAGGGGCAAUAUUUGCAGAUAUUUGUAAAAUCGAUUGGAAUAGCGUUUCAUGAAACUAACCCCACAAGAAAACAGUGUUAAAGCGAGAUUCCUCGUUUGCAAGUUUAGUGUUAAUUUUCGAAUGAUUUAAGUUUUUCAGUCAGUUGUUUUGAUGGAACUAAUCUAAGGAAAAAGGAAUUUUAAUUUUAUAAGCGACACUGGCAAAUUUUAAGGAAAGAAAUGUUAUUACUCCCCGACCCGAACUUGCAAGAACUUUCACCUUCCGAAAAUUCUAGUUGAACUCGUUUACAAUAUGCAACAGUUUUUAUUUUUAUUAAAUAUUUUUUUGAUUUGAUUCUUGUCAGUUUAGUUUGUUACUUUAUAACGUAAAAUUCUUUUAACUGCGUUGUUUAUAAUCACAAAUCUUAAUGAAACGUAAAACUACAUUAUUGAUCGUAUUGUACGUCCAAAGUUCCAAGGAGAUCAAUGGUGGGAAAAAGGAAGCAAUAUAUUAAGCCAGAAGAAAAGGAGUUUAGUACAAUUAUACAACUUUAAAAAGGGAGACAUGCACUGUUAAAAAAUCACUUUAUCUGUCUGGCAGAAGCACUUAAGUAGAAUGUCUAAAGUGGGGUAUUCUAUUUACGAUCAGUUCGUAUAUUUGAGAUUCCUUUUUUUAUCAUUAGUUUUCAGCUGUAGAAUUGUCACGUAAAAAGCAAAACGUGGCAAACUAAUGCUACCACUGUGGUUUCCGUCAUAGCACAUUAAAAACGCUAAAGAUAAUUCCUUUCACCAUAAAUUCGCUCGGUUGUCUAUUAAUCCUUUCCGCUGACAAUACGUCAAGUGCAUUUAUUCAGGUCAUCUGAGAUUAGCAGGAUCAAAAUCCAGCUUAAUAAUCCAAAAUUAAAAUAAACUUACCACGGUAGCAUGUAGUCUCUACAAGAAUCUCCAGCUGUCUUUAUACCUCUACUAAGUCUCUUUUCACGAAAAAUUAGACUGGACUGUAAAGGUUCCGUAAUAGCCUCCAGAAGGGCGUUUCCCGGAACAAAACUCCUCGUACAUUUUUAGCUGUCCUAAAAGACGAAAUAACACAUGGCCGCCCUAGUUACGUCAGGCUACCAUUAGCAUAAUGAAUUUUAAGUAAAAUUUCAGUGAGGCUUUACAAAACAGGUUACAGUAGUUGUUUUUAAUUAACCAUUCAAAGGAAAGGCAAAAAUAAGGAAAUCUUCAGCUUUCUUUGGAAUUCACAUGAGGUUCACAUUUGCGUGUUUAACUUUACCUCUCAAUUAUUUAAUACUCUUUUAUUUAAUAAAGAUGACAAAUAAGCCUGGUAAAGUGUUUGUCAAAUCACGAUACUCGACUUUAUCAUUUAUUUCCUGCUGCGAGGUCGUAACGUGACUCAGCUUGAGCCUUGUUGGAACCGGAAGUUGCCAUCAUUUCACGGUCAUUUCCUGUCUGCCUGUCAGCUCAAGCGGCUGGGGCGGUGUUUUAAGAGUAGAUAUAAGUUCGCAUUUCCAGCGCUUUGGUCAGUCAGUCUUUGCACGAUCGAUUAGAUUUUGCAGUUUUUCUAAGUGGACAGAAACUGGUUAACAUGAAACCUUCCCAGGUGUUGACGGGUCUGCUGCUAGCUUUCUUGAACGUUUAUCGAUCUAAAGGUAGGUUGUUGUUUCAGUCAGUUUCCCAAACCUUCUUCAAAGACCACGCAGUUUCUCAACUGGUUCUGUUCUGCGUCACUUUUUUGUUCUUUUGGUCUGCUCUUUUCUGCUGAUUGCAAAGUUCAUUAACAUCCUACUUCAUCAUUCCCGUCAAAAAAUGAGGAAUUCCUUCUUUUCUGCGAAAACGUCUUUCAUAGUAUUUUGUUUUCUAUAAUAAUCAAGAAAACAUACGCAAAUACAAAUAAAGACCCCCCUGUAUCUUUCACUUGUUGAUUUUACGGAAAUUACGACUGGCUCCCAGUGUGCCUGUUGAACUCAGGCAAUACGAGUUUUCCCUAACUUACAUCUGGUUGAUUCAGUUUAUUCUAUCUGUUCUAGUUGUAUUGCUAAAAUACGGAUGUGUUUUAUACGUCUCCGUUCGAUUUAUAAACUCUGGAGUUUAACUUUUAAAAAUAACUCUUGACGAAACGUCUGUUUUGUAAUGUUUAUGUUAGGAGUCACGUGCGCUCUAAGACAGUUUACUCUGGACUGUCGUUUUUGCUAGCUCCGUAAACGCUGUCAAGUCGAUUAGACUUUACACUAUUUAGAAAAUCUAGUUUUAUGUUAAAAAACUUAGUGAUUACAUUUGCAAGGGGUGCUAAUGGUAAGGUGAGCUAUAGCAGUGCGAUGUUGUUCGGGGGCGGGCACUUAACAACGACGCCAUGCCCUUACCCUUUUAUGUACCAGGAAGUUUUCCUGUGUUUUUCAAAGCUACAAGAUGCUUCUUCAGGGCUAAAAAUAACUUCCGGAGAGUCUCCGGACACGAUGACCGCCCAAAUUCAUUUUACCUCGGUCACGUAUCGUUUCUGGUCAAAAAUAUAAGAUAAAUAACUCUUAAAACAUGAAGGGCCCAUUAUGGGCGCUAUAUAUUUGCAGGCUGCGAAAUUUAGGUAGAAGUCUUACCGAAUACAAGGCGAUAAAACAUAAUAGAAACUUAUCUCGGCUUAAUUACCGUAAACUUCAUCACCAGAAUGAGCGAACAACGUUCCAAAACUACCAGGCGUAAAUUAUGUUGUGGAAAACUGGGCACUGGUCAUGAUUAAAAAGCUUUGCGAUAGGCUCAUUUCUCGAGCGCCUUGUUGUUAAAAUAGAAAAUGAUUAUCUCUGUCAAAAAACAUUAAACACGCUCGUCAAAUCAGCACAAAAUCGAUCGAUUUCUUGUGAAAUUUGGCUAGAAAAUUCGGCCGUUCUUUACCGAUUGUUUUUUGGCAAAGUCAGCACCAAAAUUUCCGCGAAAUUCCCGCGAAAUCGGCCGUUUUUUUCCGUGAAUCUGUCUCUGAAAAUCCCGCGAAACUUGACUUUUUUUCCGCGACCUAACAGAAGCCCUGCAAAAAGUCGUUGCUUAACUAAUAAAAAUGACAACAUUUUUAAUUUUGAAACCGGAAGUGCGUGAGCCCCAAUGUUUGAUUCAAUGUGCGAAUCGUAAACAACGGUUCUAGUUGCAGUUCACCGAGGAUUUCAGAUUAAAGUUCUGCAAUACACAUCCACUACAUACUACAUACUGAUAACAACUGAAAUAACUAAAUAACCUGGAAAUUUUAAUUUAUAUCAUUUUCAAUUCUAGCGAAUGUGACCGGUCAACAUGACCGGCAAGACGAAAGGUUGAACAGUCAACUCCCGGCCAAUCAGUCCGGACUUUGUCCGUUAAGUUGACUGGCCGUUAUUUUGAGCCCUGCCUUUGUCUUCCCUUUUAAGUCCUUUUACAGACACAAAUGACAGAUUUCCCAACCCUUUCAUUACUUUAACUAGUAAAUCCCUACCCUUUCACUGAUACCUGAAGUCUGCAAAAGGUAACCCUUUCGGGGCAGACCGCCCCCCCACGUGUAGGCCAUUUAGAGACCACGCCCCCCCCGGAUGAUGUAAGUUUAAAUAAUGCUAAAAGAAAGCGAACUUGUCCAUUAGGUUUUCUGUGAUAUCACCUCGUCUUAUCUCAGUUCUUUACGACAUUAAACGGUUUUUGUGAACUUACUGGUGGCGCUCUACGUUUCCCAAAAGAUCUGUGAGUUUCCGUGCUGGCAUUGCUUUUAUUGCAAUCACAAAAUAAACUUCAGGGAAAGGUAGCACAAGGGAGGAGUUUUGGCAUCAGUUUUCACUUGACUGGCUUAAAAAUGCACGACUUUUACUUCAAAUAAGUGACAUAAGUAACAGUUGGCGAGCAAUAGCUUCAGUGUGUUUUCGUUAAUUUAGGCAUCUAAAGACCGUUGAAUUCCGAAAAUGCACCCUUUCGAAUGUAAGGGCCGUCAUGUUGGUCUACGAUUAUUUACUGACUCCUCUUGUAAAAUUGAAAAUGAAACUCUUUUUCUGUUAUAUUAACAUGGUAAAAGACUAGACAUCAGCAGUUACUUAUGACAUAACUGAAUACAUAUUCUCAGAUUUCCUAACAAAUAAGUUUCUUUACAACAACAAAGGUCCCAAACAUGGCUAGAUUACUUAAUGUAUCAAGCUUUACAACUGAGGAAUCCUUUGUUUUAUAGAUCACGUCCUUAUUAGUCCGCUAUAACAAUCAAUUCCAAACUAUCACGAUAAGAAUCCAUGCUUUCUUUUAAUUUGUUUUAUUUUGUGUUAUGGUAAUUAAGCAUAUGUAUGUAAGCUUCCGAGGGAUUGCUUUGCUCUAAAAAUACAAAACUAAACCAUCCUAGACGUGAGUUUCAGUUUAACACAUUAUAUUUUUAUAAACAUAAAACUAUCGUACAAAUGGGUUAUUUUAUGGCGUUAAGGAAGCCUUCAUUGGUAAGAGAUUCUGCUGCCAUUUAGCUUACAAGGUACUGGGGCCCGGGGGGGGGGGUACUGCCAUAUAUGGGUUAUAUGGGUAUGUGCCGCUGUGAAGGGUAUGGUUUUCAAGCAGUUUACUCUAGGAUAGGGUAUAUAAAUCAGAGCGUUUGGGUCUAGAAUAGGGAACCAUUUUUCAGGAAACUGAUCAGUUGGUUGAAGAUUUUAUCUAGACUGGGGAAACAGCUACUCUAGGGUAGGGGGAUUUUGGGAGUUUACCCUAGUAUAGGGUAGCAAAAUUCAGCUCAACUAGCUCUGGGAUAGGUCAAGGGUUCCAGGGUCCCAGCGGCACAUCCCCACCCAGAAAUUCCUAAAGUGCCCCCCCCCGGGACUGGGGCAGAAUUCUGUUGCGAUUCGUUGCCGAUCGAACAGUCGCGCAAAAAUCGCAGAAUAUUUCGACGCAAUAGACAGUAGCCUUAAGGCACGGUAUUUUUAAUUAGGAGUUUUGCUCGUGUGUUUGAGUUAAUCCUCUUAUAAUGCCAUAAAGACCUUGAAAAUAGUCUGUCUCGGUUACAAAUUUCCCUCUACAAAGCCCAACCGUUUCUGAAACGCAGCCCAACCGUUCCUAUCAAUUAUACGCUCCUUCGAUGAACGAAGGCCUUUGAAAAAUAUAAGACCCGGGGCGUAAUUUCGGGAUUUUUUUUACAGUAGUAGAUUUCAUAUAAGAGAACCGGGCCGUGCUUUUCAAAUCUACGUUUAAGAUAACCCAGAAUUAGUGCGAAAUUUGAUUCAGAUGAAAGCUAAAAAAGCAAAUUCAGUUUAAUUCUUCUUGUCUACAAUUUGAUUAUUGGAUUCUCUGAAAGAAUAUGGGAAAUUAACAUAGAAAGUACUUUUGAAGGAAAGGGUUACCGCUAAUCGGCCUUCGAAAAACUGAGCUCGUCAAUCAAUAAAUAUAGACAAUUACCUGCACUGUGGCCUGCCUGUGGGUAAUUGAAGGAAACGUAAUUUGCACAUUAGAACUUUGCUAGAACAUAUCUUCCCUGCUAGCAGAAGCCUAAAAACAUAUCAGAUUUCAACUUUGACCUCGUACGCAAAAUAAUGAAUUUGUAGUUGUUUUCCUUUACUUCAGGGAUUUUUUAAGUGUUUCUUCCGAUUAUUUUUUGCGCCUUGGAGGUCUCUUUCUUCCGGCUAGUAAAUGUUAAACAAGAUUCUUGAUGUUGGAUAUCUUAAUAAAAGAUAGUAAACAAAAAAAGUUUGAGGAAGGCCCUUUGCGGUGUGGCUGGUGUCACUUUCUUCGCUCCAGGAAGUGUUGUCACGGCUCAUUGCUCAUUCGUUCGUUUGUUUGUCGUUUUCUCGUUUAUUUGUUGUUUCUAAUUAACUUGAAAAAAGACAUUUCUCUUUUUCUCUACACCUACCAUAUUACAGGAAAUUAACGCACCAUGAAAUUAAAGUAUUGGGACUUAACGCUACAUAAAUCAUUAAACGCGAAUUUAAAGGUGAUGUUACACGGAGCGAUUCGCAAGAACGAUUUUCAGCGCAACACAGCGUUGCAAGUUGGAACAAUGUUGCAACCGUUCGAAACAAUGUGGCAACAAUGAUGCAAGCUGUGUUGCGCAAAAAAUCGUCGUUGCGAAUUGUCUCGUGUGACAUCACCUUAAUGAAAAACGACUUUCUUAUAAAGGAGAUAAACGCGAAAGAGACGGCAACAUUUAAAAAUGAAGAAAAUUAACGGGACUUUUACAAAGAGACAAAAAUUGUUGAGAAAACUAGAACAAAGUUAAACGUAUAAGCCGAAAUGGAAACGUUUGUGGUACGUUCCCUAUGACCACUUGGUGGGUUCUUCACGUCAAAAGUGGAUCGAGAAUUUUGGGCCAAAAUUAAAAGUAAUAAGGUUAGAUAUAGCUCUAGAUAUGGCAGUUAGAUAUAGCUCUUUCACAUAUAAAGCUUUGCUUUCAUGUUGAAAUUAGGCGCUGUACUAGGAUGAGUCAUGACCCUAGCAUUGCGGAUGUUCACUAGUUUACUAGUUAGAGAACUCUGGCAUGGCUUAGAUGAUACCACAAUUGUGGGAUCAUUUGGGGUAGCUUUAUAGCUUUUCCUCCAUUGUAUCGUUUGCGCCCUACUUAUAAAGCCCAGAAGGCUAAUUCAGCGCCCUAUACGGUUAGUUAUAACUCAAGACAACUAUUUCGCGGGUAGGGUAACUGCACAAUUGACUGAUGUAUGGCCGUCUCAUGUGUAGGUUUCGAAUACCGGUUGUGCUUCAAGGACAUUAAAAAUGGCACGUGCAAAUAUGAAUCCUUCGUAGGAGAGUGGGAAUUCAAGAGGGAUGAGGAUUGUUGCAAUAGUAACGGAGCCGCGUACUACAUUAAUGUGACUGAAGAAGAUAGGAUAAUUUUCCAUAUGUUGAAAGUUGGACAGAGGCCUUGUGCUCCCUGUAAAAAGGAUGGUAAGUCGUAAUUAUCGGCGAUUACUUUUUGAGAAGCAAGGUCUUAAACUUUGCGAUCCAGCACUAUAAGCAAUCAUAUUCUACUCUUUCCUGAAGCAAGAUCACAGGCUGGAUUUCUUCAGAAAUUUUCAUGUUACUAUCUGAUAUCUUUGAAAGUUUUUGAAAUACUUCAGGAUUUAUCAAGAAACCCACUUACGUUAAGGUAUGUCUUAAGCGUUGCUUUAGAUGGAUCUUUUAAACUUAGGUACCCUUCAUUGUACUGAGCUUGUUUAAUCAGCUACCACCAUAAAAUUUUAAGCAUCUAGUCAGAAUGAUGUUGUUAUCAACAAGCGCUUUAUUGUUUUAAUAACUAUAUGCAUGAACUUGCAAAGUCCACGAGUGAUUUAUCUGCUGACUGGCUUAGUAUUGGAAACAGAUUCCUGGGUGCUUUUCCUGAAGACACUGUGAAGAGCGUAAAUUUAAAUUUGGUCUGUGGAUGUGCGGCGUAUGUAGUAUUAAGAAAGUUAAUGCGACAGGAAACUUGGGUUGAUAAGUGCGCAGGAAAGGAAGGGUUAUGCUGCCCCUUUGAACUAUGGGCCUAGAUGUUCACAAGUUGAUUAACGCGAAUCCAAGGUUACUCACCUUGACAACUAAUACACCCUUAUAGUUCUAGUUAUCCAGGACUAGCGCUAGCCAAGCUUCCAAAAUCUCGGAGCCUUUAUCAUAUCCAAAGUUUACAGUUAAUUCACUCAGGGGUUUCUUCUGAGGAAGUGAGCUUACGCAACAGGACGGUAGAGGAAAGAAGACGGCAAACUUUGUGUGACAAGCGUGACAAUAAUUUUGUUUGAAAAAUGUUUUCGCCGACCUUCACCCUCCUUUAACAGACAGGUCUUGUUGUAAAAGACCAGGAAACAUUUUAAGUCACGAUCAACACAAACACAUAAGUAAUAGGUCUGUCACGUUUGUCACACUCAGGCGUUUUGCCGCCCUCUUCUUUCUGCCGUUCUGUUGCGUAAACUCAAGGAAACUACCUCGGCUUUGACCGUCAGUUGUGAUAAAGUUUCAUUGGUUCAUAUUAGGUCGGACGGUGAAUUCAUCUUUCGUAAAUCCGCCCAGCUGUGAGACCACGAGAUGCAGAUAUGGAAAAGUCUGUAAGAUCAGAUACGGCAAGCCAAAAUGCCUCUGUCCAAGCUGCCAUACUCCAGACUUAAAAAGACAUCAGCCAGUGUGCGGCACAGAUGGAAACACAUACAACAACGAGUGUGAAUUCAGAAGAAUGACAUGCAAAAAUGGAGGGUUGUCCCAUGUUGAAAUAGAUUAUGAAGGCAGUUGUCAAAGUAAGUGCAAUUGUUUUUUGACUGAAUAAAAGAAGUUUAUUCUUCGCAAAGCGAGGCCGAAGGCCUCAUGAAGCAGCAGUUUAUAAUUUUGUCGAGCGUGGAUCGUAGUGGCUUGCAACCUCGAGUGGCCCAUACAUAUUGCUAUGAAUAUAAAUUAACAGAAUAAAUUUUUUAAAAGGAAAUUUUAACCAGUCAGGUGUGAUAACGACCACAUCGUCAAUGCAACCACGCUGGCAUUAUAGCAGCCGCCGCAGAGGUGAUUAGGCUCUGAGCUGCUCUGAUUAGGGAGCUUAAGCAACAACGAAAGCGACAGCCACGAAAGCGACAGCCACGAAAGCGACAGCCACGAAAGCGACAGCCACGAAAGCGACAGCCACGAAAGCGACAGCCACGAAAGCGUCACUUAAAAAGUGAAUUAGCGCUUGUUUAUCGCGCUUAUUCCAUCUCGUCUAAUUCGUCAAAUGUUGGCAAAAGUUUUUGUAAUUGAAUUUUAAAGAAUUUUCUCAAAGUUCAGGAAAAGAAAAUGAAAGUUGUUUUCUUGUGUUCCCGUCCUCGACAAAACGUGAUAUUAAGCACUUUUACGUUGUGGUCGUACAACGACGGCAAAGAAAAAUAAACCUAUUGCUUUUUUGCCGUACUCUUUGCCGUCGCCGUCAUGGUUGCUUAAGCUCCAGUGAUGUAGUUUAGGCAUGGGUCUCCUCGUGGUGGGUCUCCCGGUAAAUUAUCUUUCAAAGGUGAUAGGGUAGACAAAGCCCGCCUAUGACUCUAUUUGCAAGUGAACUAACUCAUCUUAUAGAUUUGAAGAACAACUUUGUCAACAAGCUAGUGUAAGAUAGUGCUAUUUUUUUAAAAAGAAAAUCUCUUCUUACUUAUACUUUAUGUUGAUCCUCUCUUCUGUGACUUACGAAAUCACCAUCUUGGAAAAUUGCAAAAACUGUAACCACACUAAAUCCCUGCAAGCGUUACCCCGUAGAGAUGGAAGACAAAUUUUAAAUUUGCCAUAAGACGCACCAUCGAGAACAGUCAUGGAAGUUACUCAGUGGGACUCGAUUCAUGAAAUGUCGAAAUUCUAAAACUCUUGCUUAAUUAUAUUACAGCAUAGCCAGCGACAACACUCACUCUUUGAUUUCAGAUUAAAAAUUAACCAGGAGAUUGGAGCCAAUCGGAAACCGUGAAAUAUUUUAAAUGAACAAUAAUAGCUGUUAACAAUUAGAGACUUUCUCUAGCUAUAUCAAGCUGUAUCUUGUGACACAUUAAGAUCAUCCUUUGAGAUAAAACAAUUUGUGUCAUCAGCAAAUAGUAUAAACGCACGGAAAGUUGAUCAAAGAUGAAUGUCAUUAACUUAUAAAAUGUAUAGGCCCUAAGAUAGAGCCUUGUGGAGGUUGUGGCCGGUUAGAAAAGCCAUCAACUUUCAUAUGUAAAGUUCAAAUCUGAUAUAUUUCGUAUACAUCCUCUCACAAAAAUAUCUUAGCUUGACAUUGGCCAAACAGCCAAGUGGUUGGAGGUCUGCGACUGUUAUUAACAAUUCACUCUUUUUUUAGCCGGGUGCGACAAUGUUGUUUGUCGUAAAAACCGCACUUGCGUGGUAGACGUGUACAAUGUACCAAGCUGUGUGUCAUGUGAGGCACUUUACAACUCUAAAUCGAAUUUCACGAGGUACGACCCCAUAUGCGGAGCAGACGGCGUUCAGUAUCAAAACGACGAUCACUUAAGACUGGAAUCUUGCAAACAAGGAAAAACGAUCGGUGUGGCCUACAAAGGCAAUUGUAUCGGUGAGUAGUCGUCAUUCAACUGUAACAACAUUCUCUCUUGCUUAAAAGUAACAUUUUAAAAUUCCAGUUCGAUCACUGAUUCGUCAAUUUGUGCUGUCUUAGAAAAAUAUUUUAACAAAUUUGAUCUUUUUUUUAAGAAAAAAAAAAACCCAAAACUUGUCUUUGCAUCAACUGAAUUAAAAAAAUAAUGGCCCAGUAUUGUUAUUUAAGACCUUAUUUAGGCAUUGAAAAGGUUUUUUGUCGUCUGUUACUGCGGAUCGGAAGGAUGGACAUCGAUUGAAACUUUAGAGAAUUGGGCCAACAUAUUUAAGUUUUUUAUCUCCGCAAAAAUCACCAAAACAAAUGUUAGUGGUCCCUGAUGAAAUGUGUUUGAUAUGUUGUUCAUAACUCUACAGGAGCAUUCUGUGUAUAGGUCAAGAUGCUAAGUAAUGACUUGAGCAAAUAAUUGAUCAAAAACAGCAAAAUCUUCGUGACAUAGCCCUUUUUAAUCUAUUUUGAGUCCGUCCUUUUUUCCCGUUAAGACAACAGUUAACACUCAGCUAUCAUAGAUAUUUGUUUUAGGUUUUUUGGGCUUUCGAAAAUGCUUCGUAGGAAAGGAUUUAAUAGAAAAAUGUUAGUUAUAGUGAUGUAUGGGGUCAUCUUAAACGUUAAAAAUAGCAACUGUAAUUGUAGAAUCUGGCUCAUUGCUAUUCAACUUAUUCUCCAUUAGUCAGAGAGGAUUACUUGGUACAUUAAGAUAUCUUUAAAACUUUGCUGGCGUUUUCACCUGACAGUGAUGAAAAGUGUUUUGUUGAUUCAAGACGACGACCACGACACGAAGCCAUUGAUAUUCGGAUACAUGGAUUAUUUUUCAUUACCCCUAACACUGAUUUUCUGUUUCCUUCUUCGAUUAGCAAAUGCGACGUGCCAAAAAAUUAGCUGCCCCAAGGAAGACGUACAAAGGGACAUCAGAGGAAACAUUUACUCCGUCAGACGACACUGUGUGUACGACAAUAACAACAAACCACGGUGCAUCUCUUGCACUUGCAAAGAAUCCUUCCCAGGAUCAGUAAAACCCAGUUCAGAACUGUGCGGCACAGAUAACAUGACGUACCCAAGCUACUGCGCUUUGAAAGAGAAAAUGUGCUCGGGAAAUACGUUUCUUGACAUUCAGUACCGAGGGCGUUGCAGAGGUAAUAAUAAAUAUUAAGCUUACGCAACAGGAAGGCAGAAAGAGUAAGAAGACGUCAAAACAUUUGUGUGAAACAAAAAGGACAGGCCUAUUACUUGACUGUUUUGUCGUGUCUUCUCUUAACAUUGGUGUUUUUCGGGUCUUUUGCGAAGAGAUCUGUUUAAAGGAAGGGGAAGUUUGGUGUUGAAUGUUUCCAAACGGAAUUGUUUUCAUGCUUGUCACACAAGGCUUGUCGUCUUCUUUUCCUUCCCGUCCUGAUGCCUUCACUAACAAGCAUGUCAUUGAAUGAAGCUGAGUAUGAUCUGAAGAAGGGUGUUACAUGCAAACCUGCUUACCUCGAUGGGUGUUAAGUUUCCUUCUUCCUGAGAAACUCUUUUCAGAUAGCAGUUGUCAUCCGUCCCCAGUCCCCAGAACCUCUCGGUUGCCGUGGCUGUUUCUAGCGAUAGCUCUCACUUUUGACGUCAUUUUACCAGAUCUCAAAAACAUCUUUCAAAUUUGGUUAACGCUAGCUCGUUAUGAAGAAUUAGACAGGGAUUUGAGCUAAUCACAGUAAUAAUAGCGAAGAUAAUCAUCAACCAGACCCGUUUAUAACGGUGAUCACCCAUGCACUUUUUAAUUCCAGGCAGUUCUGAAUUUCUGAUUUAUAUUAUUGCAUGCUCAAAAACCAUCCAGAGACCUUACAACCGAGGUCCGGCCAUAUAGUAUGGAAUCGAGAACCAGGAAAAGUAGGGCACGAGUCUGGCCAAAUUGGCGCCCAAGUUAACACGGGCCUACAUGAACCCUAACCACAUCGGCCUGCAAACUGGGAUGGCCCAUUACUCCCGUAAAACACUUGUGCGAGUAAAGUGAACACGUCGAAAAUUUGCAACGUCUGAAUGUUACCACGAAACUAGGACUCAAAUCACUGUCUAACUUAAAGCGGGCUUGGCUAAAGGUCUCCGAUUCAGUGUCUGCGUUCUACUGAUAUAGCCAAGUAGCGUUAGUCGGCAUUUGCUGACUAGGUUUCUAGGUUUGCCUAUGACACAUAAUUUAAUGAACUUGCUCCCAUAACGCACUGCGGGCUAUGAUCAUCCACCAGUCUUCACCGAAGCAACCUUAAUUGAAAUAGGCGUAAAUAUAUCUGAGGGUGUCCGCAAUGAUGAAAAUGAAGCAAAGAUGCCAUCCCAGGAUAUCGUGGUACAGGGGUUCUAUUCUCUGGGUAUCGUGUCAUACAUCUCAUCUCUUCCGAAUUAACCGGUAAAUGGUUCUUGUCCUUAAUCAACCGCUGAGACUCCGGGGUAGCUAAUAAAGAUCGAGGAAAAACUCGUUACAAGCUCAGCAACAAAAAUUAUAAUACGUUCUAUUAUCUGCCUAGUACCUGAGAAGGCCUGGUGCCAGCCUGCAGGCUGGCGCCCCAAAGGGAAAUUGGAAGUCGGGAUAAACCACACGCGCCAUAACACUAACAGCCCGCGAAGUUAAAUAAAGGGAAGAUGAAAGAGAUUGCUGGCCGGCAAUGCUGGCUUUAUAAUUUGCACUUUUAAUUCACCGCUUGCACCUCUUUGAUUUUUUAGACUCUGACAGAAUCAAUGACGAUCCUGCCAAACAAUCCCUCAUAACUACCCCGAAGCCGUGCAAAUAUGAAGAGCUGGAUAACUAUUAUAUCACGCAACGAGAACUUGCUUCAGUUUUGAAGAGACACUUUGGGCUCGAGGUCAGGAAAAAGCCUCUAGGCGAUAAAAAAAUCAUUAUGGAGCGUUUAAUCCAUUUCUUGCGACGGAAGUGGUCGAAGAUCCCCGUUAAAACAGGUGAUCAAUCAUAGAAAAACAUGCUGAGCACUCAGUUAGAGACGUAUUUCUGCUGACCAGUCAUCCGAGAUAGGGUAGGUUAAACGCAGAACAAGAAUUCAUGAAAGCAAACCGAUGUAACUUAUUUGUCGAACCAUUACAUCUUGAAACAUUUAUUAGAUAUCAGUCAUGAAUCCUUGAACACAAGUUAUAUUUGUAAUAAUUUAUAUACGUAUAUGGCAUCAGUUAUGUAAUAAAAGAAUAUACUUAAUUUGGUUCUGAUAAUACUCCUCUAGUUGACACCAGGUUAGAUGAUCAUGAUCUGGAAAAGGUAAAACACGACCUCAUUUCGGGGUCAACUAAAAAUAUGGUUUGUGUAAAAUAUUCAAGUUAAUUUUCUACACUAACUCUAAACAGUGCCUAAGCCUUGUAUAUUAAUCAGAGAUGAACGUACUUUCGUUCGGUAAUUUAAAACUAUAUUUUUAUAUCCCAAUUUUAUUAUAGGCUCCGUAAACAUUAUAACUCAUUGACACAACCCAAUUACCUAGUUAACGCUAAGGAAUACGGUUUAUACUUCUAUUAGUAUGUAUGAUUUUUAAAUUACUUGAUUUACAUUUUAGCACUUUUAAAGAUGUAAAUUUAAUAACAAGUCAUUGUAAACAUAUAAUUUGUUUUGCAGUAAGAAGCGU